GGCUGUGCGCUACUCGGUCACUGUGUAGACAUGGCUGCGCCCAUGCUGCAGGGGAGCAGUGGCGGUUGUGCGCUGCUCGUAGUGCAGGGUGUUCGCUGUGGUGUGAGGAGAGCAUGGAGGACAGCUAGCACCGCCUGCAGACAUGCCCGGGACACAGGAUCUUUGCUCUGGGAAGGAGUUGUUGGUCUUGAGGUCCAUGCACAGAUUAAUUCUGCUUCCAAGCUUUUUUCAAGUUCACAAGUUAAGUUUGCUGCUCCGCCAAACUCCACAGUGUCGUUUUUUGAUGCUUCCUUGCCAGGAACACUGCCAACACUCAACAAGAGAUGCAUUGAAGCAGCAGUGAUGACUGGCCUAGCGCUGAACUGCACUAUAAACAAGAAAUCUCUUUUUGAUCGAAAGCACUACUUCUAUGCUGACUUGCCCGCUGGUUAUCAAAUUACUCAACAAAGGCUUCCAAUCGCAGUUAAUGGGCUCCUUACAUACCGCUAUCCAGCCGGAAAAAAACUGAAUGAUAUGGUCACCAAGUGCGUCAGGAUUAAACAGAUCCAGCUGGAGCAAGAUAGUGGCAAAAGUCUUCAUGAUGACUCUAGGAGGCAGACACUCAUUGAUCUAAACAGAGCAGGAAUUGGACUUAUGGAAGUUGUAAUGGAACCUGACAUGACGUGUGGAGAGGAAGCCGCGGCUGCUGUCAGGGAACUUCAACUUAUUCUGCAAUCUCUUGGAACAAGUCUUGCAAACAUGUCAGAGGGACAAUUGAGAGUCGAUGCAAAUAUUUCUGUUCAUCAUCCUGGAGAGCCAUAUGGAGUAAGGACAGAAGUUAAGAACAUUAACAGCGCUCGCUUUUUGUCAAGAGCCAUCGAUUAUGAAAUGAAAAGGCAAACUGAAAUUCUUAAUAGUGGAGGGGUAAUCCUAAAUGAAACAAGGGCCUUUGAUUACAAACUUGGCGCCACCAUACCUAUGAGGGAUAAGGAAGGAAAGCAAGAUUACCGGUUUAUGCCAGAACCAAACCUCCCCCCACUGAUACUUUACGAUACCAAGACAUUACCAAAUAAUGUGGAUGCCAGUCAAGUUAUAAAUAUAGACUUGAUUAAAGAAAUGUUGCCAGAACUUCCAAGUGUCACCAGGGAAAGACUUGUUGAACAAUAUGGGAUCUUGCCUGAGCACAGUUUUGUUCUAGUGAAUGAAGAUGGACUCAAAGAUUAUUUUGAAACUGUGGCCAGAAUGACCAGAGUUGACCCAAAGAAGAUAAUUGGAUGGAUAAUUAAGGAUUUGCUUGGCUACCUUCGGCAGGAAAAUCUCACUAUCAAACAAAGUAUGAUAACUCCCACCUCAUUGGCUGAACUUGUGACACUGCUGGAGAACAGAGUAAUUUCUUCAUCAGCGGCCCAACAGGUGUUCCAGGAGCUCUGCAAGGGAGUAAAUAAGACCCCAACACAGAUCGUGGAGGAGAAGAACCUAGGACUUCUUGAUAGGAGACAGCUAGAGGACAUCUGUCAGAAGAUUGUGGAUGAACACAGCGUAGAGGUUGCUGCCAUAGGACAAGGAAACCUUAAGGUUCUGAAUAAGCUCAUAGGUUUAGUUCAGAAGGCUUCAAGGGGACGGACAGAUCCAGCUCUUGUGAGGACCAUACUUGAAGAAAAAGUACUAAAAUCUAAAGGUCAAUAAAUGGUGGACUCUUCUCUCUUAAGGACUGACAGCUGCUCUUCCUCUGCUCCAUUGCCCUGUGUUUUCAACUGUAUACACAGCCUCCACUUUACCUUCUACCGCUGCCUGCAAUGACAAGUAGCACAAAGCCUCUGUUUAACCAUUGGUACACCAGGGCCCGAGAGUAUUCCUGAGGGGAAUAGUAGUUCCACCUUAAAGGUGCAUACACCUUUUUUGUCGUAAGCAACAUAUUGCCAAACUGAGGGAAGAUUGUUCUGCAACUACAGAUGACUUGUCCACGUCUAACAUUGUAAUGGUUUAAGGCGGAGCUUAACAUAGGUUAAAUUGUGCAGCUUGUGCUUCAAGCAAGUCUGAAAAGUCAUUGUCGGCAACUAGUUCUCCAUCUUCCUCCUUAUUGGGUAUUUCUCCCUCUUCCCAUCUCACUAAGGCUGAUUUUUUUUUUUUUUUCGUUAUUGAAAGGUUUCAUGUCUAAGUUGGAGAAACUUGUUGCUCCUCCUGCUCACAAGGGUAAAAAAUGCUGACAGUUUCAUUCUACAGCAGCCUCUGAUUAAAAUAUUUUAAACAUUUC